CCACUCUGGCAGGCUGGCUGGCUGGCUAGCUGGCUUCGUUGCUCACUCGCCCUCCUUCUCCCCCAACGCUCACCUCAACCUCUCUCCCUACCUACCUGCCUCCCUCUCACACCACCACCCCUCAUCACAGCGGCGCUGCUCCGUGCCACGCGUACACCCACCUGCCCAACCCACGUCGUAGGUACCGUGCCACGUGCUAUCACCGCGCCACGCACACCCCACCUGCAUUUACGCCUUCAAUGGCGUGCGAUUCCCAUGCAGUUCCACGCAAUCGUCGUCGUCGUCGUCGUCGUCGUCGUAGUAGUCGUAGGUGACGAAUUCGCAGCUGCCGACGCCGACGCCGCCGCCACCGCCACCGCCGUCGCCAUGUCAGCGAGCAGCAGCAUGUGCAUGCUACUCCACGUGUUACCACCUUGGGAGAGUGCGCAAGGCAUACAAUUACACCUCAUGAUCGCGUGCAACGCAGCCACGUAUUGGCACAUCGCCAAGUUCACUUCGCCGCAUAACCCCCUCGAUCCAACACUGCUCUCCCCCCCUCCAACACUCUCUGUCCCCCUCUAUCGCCUCAUCGCCUCCUCGCCGUCCCCAACCACCGCAAAUGUUAAUUUCACCCACUCACACCCACUUAAAUAA